AUGGUUGGAACUGCUCAUAUCGUGGAGACGCUGAUAUUGCUUUCUUUAAUCAGAAAAGGUGUGGAUGGAGAAGAAGCCCUGACGUCUGCAGACAGGGGUUAUGAUAUUACAUUUCCUUGUGAAGAGGACAUUGUCUGCUUUCAUUUGUGGAAGAGCAGCAGAAGCAGAAGUCAGAACAUCGCCAUCAUCAGUAAUGGAGAGAUCCAGAGAUUUAAAUCAAAGGAAGAGAGCUGCACUCUUCAAAUGGAACAUCCCACAACAGGGGAUGUUGGACAUCAUCGCUGCCAACAAAGGUCAAACGGCAUCUCUACUUACGAGACCUAUAACUCUGCCCCAGAGUUAAAACUCCUGCCCAACAAAACAGUGUCACUGCAGUGUGUUUUACUCUCGUUCGUGGAGAACGCACAUUGCCUUAACAAUAGACAACAGGCGAUCAGCCUGAAGUGGGUGGACGAAGCCGGUGCUGAGAUUCAAACCGACGCCCAGCAUCAGAUAACCCAGUGGUCCUGUUGUGAUAUAACUCUGACUGUUGCCUUUCGAAGUCCUGAGAGCCUGAAGUUCAGGUGUCAGGCGACUGUGCUUGAACGAGUCCAGACAUCGGUCGAGCUGUUGGUCACAGCUCCAGCUCCAAAAGGGAAGGGAAGAGUCCUCAUCAUUGACCCGGGACCUGAAAUUCAAGGUCGUAACCAGGACAUGAUCGGGGCAGCUGUGGGGGUUGCAGGCUGCGUGGUUUUGUCAGCGGCGGUUGCAGUGUUUGUUCUGAACAGAAGAAGAACAAACAACCAGCUGUCCGAAGGGCCUUGUUCAGACAAGUCCAGUACAAUCACCGUCGUGAAUACAGAUGAUGUCAUCUACGCUGACAUUAUUCUCCCCAGCGGCUCUGACAGAGUGUGGGAUCAUGACUGUGAGUCCACUGAAUACUCCUGUGUACGGUACAAAUAG